CUCUCUCUCUCUCUCUCUCCCUCGCUCUCCCUCAUCUCAUUGUUUCAGGAGGCCAAAUUUGAAGUCCUUCCCAGGGAGUGGCCCUGUUCAUCUUAUUCUCCAGCCAAAGUAGGAAUAGCGUGAGAAGGAGAGAGACACAGCAGCCAAAGGACUCGGUGGAAAGAGCAGAGGACCAUAGACAAUAUGCUGCUCUUGGGACCCAAGCUGUUGCUGUUUCUCACUGCACUCAUCAUUCCCUCAGACUGGACACCUCUAGGGAUCAGUGGUCAAGUGACUACAGUGACUCCAGAAACAUUCACAGAAGAUCCUAACCUGGUAAAUGAACCCUCUACACAUGAAACAGCUCUGGCUGAUAUCGAACCUUCCACAGAUGAACAGGCUUUGCCCAAUGAUAAAAAUACCACCGAAGAGUGCCGGGAUGAGAAAUUUGCUUGCACAAGACUCUACUCUGUGCAUCGGCCAGUCAAACAAUGCAUUCAUCAGUUAUGCUUCACCAGUUUACGACGCAUGUACAUCAUCAACAACGAAAUCUGCUCCCGCCUUGUCUGUAAAGAACACGAAGCUAUGAAAGAUGAGCUUUGCCGUCAGAUGGCUGGUCUUCCCCCAAGACGACUCAGACGCUCCAACUACUUCCGACUUCCUCCCUGUGAAAAUGUGAAUUUGCAGAGACCCAGUGGUCUGUGAUCAUCCAGAGGGAAGAAUAUGUGGGUGGGAGGAAGAGAAUGCUCUAGGAAGAGGGAACUCCUUGUCCAACCAUGAUCAGCUAACUCAUCCACAUUAGUAUUUCUUAAACCAGUCCUUUUGCACUGUUUAGCUUUUGCCCCUACUCCUGAGUUUUCACCUAGACUGAUAACAUUUAUCUCAUUUUUUCAUUUUUUCAGUACUUACAAUACAAGGUCUAUAUUAUUGCAUAGUUUUACUGCUUCCCAAUAUUAUAGCCAUAGUAGAUAAAUGAUGACCACAGGGCUUAUAUACAAACAUUCUACAUACAAUUUCAAAGAAAAAUAGACUUCAAGUUAAUAGCAUUUACUAUUGAAUCUGUCUGAGAUAGAUUUUAGGGUCAAAGAAGCUAUUGCUGUCUAUUUUGCCUAGCCAUAGAACUUCACUUACUUUCCUUUCAAGAGUUUCCUAGAUUUCACUCCCCAUUCAUCUAUAAAGUCAUAGUCCUCUUUACUCUUGUUUUAACUAUUUUGCUGAUUGGCCUAACAUUUGCCUGGAAGAACCUCUUUAUGAGAAAGAUCAUGAUGAUUUUUUGUAUACCUAGAAAAUUCUCCAGAGCCUAGACCUAUACAAUCCUACAGCAAUAUAAAGACCCAAAAUGUCUUCUGCUGAAGUCAGAAGCUGAGGCUAAAGAGAGAGGAGUAUGCCAAGUAUAGAACUUGGACUCGGGAUUCCCUAUUCAAGUUUUGAUGUGGUUGUCCAAUCGGCAAGUAGGGCUGGAAAGUUAAGUCUCAUUUUUCUUGUUCAUUUAUGGUAGUAUUGGGAUUAACCCAUCUCCACAGCUUAAUUAGACAACUAAUGUCAAACCAUAUCACUGGUCUGAGUUUUCUUGAGUUUUUGCUACUUCUUUCCUUCUCACCACUUACCAAAAUCUUUAGAGAUUAUUAUGCAAAUAGAUUCUGGAAUAGCCUGAUUUGGGGCCUAAGAUGGGCAGUCAGACCUGAACUUUAAUAGACAGGCAUUAAGUUUAUCUAAUAGUUUACAGGAAAGAGUAAAAGAAACACAUAUUUAAACAACCCAAGUUCUUAUCCUGGGUCUAGCAAUGACCAGGUAGUCUCAGAUAAGCCAUGUUCCCUCAUUAGGCCCUGCUUUAAUUUCCCCUAUCUUUAACAUGAGAAGGUUCAAUUUACGUUAGUUCUAAGGUUUGUUUUAAUACUAUGAUUCUCAAGAUUUAAAUGCAUUGUUCCUAUUUUUUGGAGCCUAGAUGCAGUCUAAUUCACAACAACCAUGUCUGCUUUAUAAGGGAGGAAAUACCCUAUAUUAGAACAGCAGUCCACUAUAAGUGAAAAAUUAUAUAUUAUGAAACUUCCACCUGAAUAACUCAGUAUCCUUUUAAAAAAGUCAAUGGAAUUUAAGUAGGAACUAGGAAACAACCAGUUACAUGUGACAAAAUGCCACCUGGUAGGGGGUGGAUUUCUUUCAUACUGCUGAGAAAACUACCUAACUGAAGAUUGGAUUCUUGCUGUUAAGAAGCAAUUUACUUUAAUGGAAUUUGCACAAUUGAUAAAAGAGAAAUGUUAGAAAACUCUCCAAAGCAUGUAAUCUCUGCUCCAGUCUCUAGAAGUAAACGUACUUAUAUAUAGACAGACAUAUUAAAUGCAUAUUGUAGCUACUGCAGAGAAAUCUCAAAGGCACCGAGUUUCCAAGAAGAAUCAUGUAAGAAUUUCUUCAUGAACUUGACCCUCCUACUUCAUAAUGAACGAGAGGUGGCAUUCCCACCAGAAAUCACCUCAAUCCCAGUAUCGUGUAUAUUGCAAAUUAAACAUUUUAAAAUAUU